AGCUUCUGUUCAUAGAUUCUCUCUCCUUUUUUAUUUUUUGUCGUUUUGAUUGAUUCAAUCCCUUAUCCGUGUUUUGUUAUCCCUGCUUAAUGAAAUAGAAGUAGUGAUCUUCAAUCAUAUGUUUAUUUUAGUAAUUCCCAUGAAAUUAAAUUCACUGCUCUUCACAUUCUAGGCAGAGUCAAGGUCUUGAUUAAAGUUUUUUUUUUACUUGUCUUGAGAAUCAACAAUUUGCAUCAAUGAGCAUGGAAAAAAAACAGAAUUGUCAAACUGUUAGCACAAGCUCACAUGGCACUAUUCUUGGUCUUGUUGGCCACUACCUGUUUGAAAAUGGUUCAUCUCAGUUUGUGUUCAUGGAUGUUAAAAGUGAGAGUGAAGCUUCCGUUGAUCAUUCCCUCAGCUUCUCUACUGAAAACUUUGUGCAGACCCUUGCUUUAUGCAAUGGCCUUAUCCUCUUGUCUGGUUUCAGUGGUGACCAACCCUGUUACCAUGUGUUCAACCCCCUCACCAAGCAGAGUGUCAUGAUCCCCCAAACUAGUAUCCAAGGGGGUGUUGCUAGAGCUGGAUUAGCCUUUGAUGGAUGCCAAAACCAAUUUGAGGUUGUGCUUGUUGAAGCAUGUUCUAAAACCAAUGGACUAGAACUUCAUGUUUUCUCUUCUGACACUGGCAAAUGGAGUAGCCACAACCCCACCAACAUAACUGUUCCUUCUUUGCCAGAAUUUGAGUUCCAAGAGCUUGGAACACUCCCUCUUUACUCAAAUGGGGAACUCCAUUGGGAAAUAGGUGGAUACUUGUUGGUGUAUAAUGUCCGAGGAAGCCAUUGUGAACUUUAUGAACUGCCAAAUUGUUUUGAUGAUUGGUCUUGGCAAUCAACUUUGACUUACCGCCGUUGCUUGUGUGAAUCAGGAGGCAGUGUUUACUAUUGCUACACUGAUUUUGAUGGUUUUCACAUUUGGAAUCUUCUCAAUGAGAAUCAACAUGUUGGACUCUCAUAUUCUUGUGAUCACAAAAAGUUUCCAUGGAGACUAGUCCAUAGUGUCAUCCAUGAAGUGUUUAUGUCUAAGCUGACUAAGCACCAAAAAUUUUGUGGCAGCAUUUAUGGCUGGGAGCCUUACAAGGUUGCACCUAUUGCCUAUAGUGAAGAAGCCCAAACCAUAUAUUUGCAGCUUCCAGGAACUGUUAUUUCUUACGAAUUUGAUACAGGAAGUAUUGGAUCAAUCUGCAGCUACUCAUAUCCAGGCAUGAACUUCAAUUGCUGCUCAUUCUUUUCUUCAACUAUUAAUGGACCUCAUAGUGCACAGAGAGACACUAGUGGAGAAAGUGAGCUAAAUCUACCCAUAGCAGAAAUGGCAAAGUUAGCCCUUUAAAUCAACUUUUGAUAACAGUCAUUAUGGUGGUAUUCAGUGGUCAUUAAACUCCUUAUAUGCUACUCACAUAUAGUAAUUAUGCUAGUAAUAUUUUUCACCUUUCAAUUUCUACAUUUGAAUGUUGAUUAACUCAGACAUGAUUAUCUUCUCUCUCUUCUCUCUUUUUUUUUUAUAUUUUUUUUUUAUAAUUUGUAUUUUGAUCUAUGUGACCAACAUCAACAAGCACUUUUUUGUUGUUGUAAGUACUAGCUGUA